AGUUGCCCUCGGUCGUACAGCAGGACAACCCCACCAUGAGCCAGAAGAGCGGUGGAGAGGCCGGACCUCCUCCUCCGGCUGCGCUGGCCUCAGAGAGACGCGCAGACGCAACAUGCAGGUAACGCACACACAACUGUCAUCUCUCUCUUUCUCUCUCUCUCUCUUUCUCUCUCUCUCAAUUGAAAAUUAAUUGAAAUAAUUGCUAUAAUUCAUUCAAAUAAAUGUGGUCUUACCGCACUAUUUCAUCUCUGUAUCUGAUUUGAAGCGGGCAGAAUGCCUAAUGCUAACGAGACGUAACUGACGAAAAUAACUGUCAUUUUUACCCAUUCUGUCAAAUAUUGCGCUGCAAAGAGCAAUACAAGUUUUAACUUGUCUAUAACUUAGCAAAUGACCAUGGAAUAAGCGGGAUAAGCAACGGCUUGCCGUGCAUUAAAGGAUUUUAAAUGCACAGUUCUUUGCCUCCACAUCGUGCAUUUAAUAUCCUUUAAUGCACUGCAAGCCGUUGCUUAUCCCUUACUUUGCAUGCACCGAUAUAAGAAUACAUAACAGCAUAAUGCAUAAUAAAUGCCAGUAUUUAAAGUUGAGAUGACAUCAGAAGUGAGCCUAUUUAUUUUCUUAAUUAUUUAUGAAAAUGAUUUUUUACGAAAAUGCUUUGACUUAAUAAUCUUUAAUCAGAAUGUAAUAAUAAUAUAAUUUUUACUUGAAAAUUCACUUCUGUUUUAUGCCGACAUCAAAAUAUAUAUAAAAAUAUUUGUGACUCUGGAGCACAAAAGCAGUCUUAUGUCGCUGGGGUAUAUUUGUAGCAAUAGCCAAAAAUACAUUGUAUGGGUCAAAAUGAUCGAUUUUUCUUUUAUGCCAAAAAUCAUUAGGAUAUUAAGUAAAGAUCAUGUUCCAUGAAGAUAUUUUGUAAAUUUCUUUCUGUAAAUGUAUCAAAACCUAAUUUUUGAUUAGCAAUAUGCUUUGCUAAGAACUUCAUUUGGACAACUUUAAAGGCGAUUUUCUCAAUAUUUAGAUUUUUUUGCACCCUCAGAUUCCAGAUUUUCAAAUAGUUGUAUCUCAGCCAAAUAUUGUCCAAUCCUAACAAACCAUACAUCAAUGGAAAGCUUAUUUAUUCAGCUUUCAUGUGAUGUAUACAUCUCAAUUUCGAAAAAUUGACACUUAAGACUGGUUUUGUGGUCCAGGGUCACAUUUGGCACAAGAAAAAUCCAGUGCCACACAAGGAUCUCUGUGAAUAUUCUAGAGCAGUGGUUCUCAAACUUUUUACAGCAGCGUACCCCCUGGGGCAUUUAACAUUCUUCUGCAUACCCCCUCUCUUCCACUUAGGGUUCACACCUUUUCUAUUAAAGGACAAUAUUUGCCCCCUUAAAUUGAUUUUUUUUUACCUUUAUAGAGGCAAAGGUUUUCUACUCUUAUUAAUUGUAUGUCAUGUUUUAUGUCACAUUCUUAACAUUCCAAUAAGUGUAUUAUUAAUAUAAUAAAUAUAGCAAUAAAUGAUGGCAAAUCGAAGUGAUACUUGCAGAUUUAAAAAUAAAACCGUCAAUAGGUGUCUUAAUGACAGAGGCGUCGUGUCAUUCAUUCAUUCAGUAACGAAGCAAAAUGCUGUACUUAUGAAUGGUUUAUUAAUCAUUGACUCUCUGAAUCGUUCAAAGCCGCAGAUUCGUUCACUAACGAAACACCGCUGUAUGUUGCUUGGAGACGCACACCAGAUGCUGCGGAUUUCUUUGGAAUUUAUUCCGUUGCAAAAUAUAACAAACAAUAUUGACAAUAUUCUGUUUAAAAUGUAGGCUACAUUUAAAAUGCAAAAUGUUAACUCAAUAUUACCUUUUUUUGUUGAACUAAUUAAUUAAUGUCACAUUUGCCAUCGUUUCUGGGCCUGGGAACGUUUCAGUUGCAUUGCUGUCUAUGGAGGGUCAGAAAGCUCUCGAAUUUCAUCACAGAAAUAUCUUAAUUUGUGUUCCGAAGAUGAACGAAGGUCUUACGGGUUUGGGACGACAUGAGGACGAGUAAUUAAUGGCAGAAUUUUCAUUUUUGGAUUAACUAUCCCUUUAAGUUGGGGUAGAAUUAAAUGAAUGCCAAAACUCAGAAUUUUGUUUGCGUACCCCCUCCGUCACCUCACUUACCCCCAGGGGAACGCUUGCCCCAGUUUGGGAACCACUGUUCUAGAGCAAUGAUGUAAACAAAUAAUUUUGAUUUAAUUUAAAUGAAUUUGCAGAAAUCAAACUGUUGUGAUUAAUGGUACUCAGUUUAAAUUAGAGGCAUUAUUAUAAUAUCUUGUUUUAUUGCUUUACGUGUUUAAAGUCAUUUUGACAUUUACAACUUUGCUUUCGUCAACAAAAUAAUAUCAAAUAUAUCGCCCAGUCCUAAUUAAAGGGCGAUACUGUGAUUGCAAAUAUGUUUGCAAGUAGCCAGGUUAACGUUACACUGCUUCCUGUUUUGACAGGAAGCUGAGGGAUCUUUAAGUGAAGCAUCCCAGACAAAUAUCAGUGUUUUUGCAGCAAUAAAUUUGAGGUAAAACAAUCAACCAAAACCAAAUCCACCACCAAAUUAGGACUGUUAGAAAAACAGUUAUUGAUUCUGUACAAAAAACUGGCCCAUUAAAUUUGUAAUCAUAAAAAAAAUAAAAACUGAUGUUUUUAUGAAUAUUAUGAUUUUUGCUCAAAUGAUUCUGACCAAAAUUUGCUGAUAUCUACAUUGGAUGACCAGCACUUAUUGUUUAUUCGCUGUCAUUUGUCGUUUUUAUUCCAGGGAGUUCCCUCUGAAUCAGGGAGAGUCUGCAUAUAAAAUGGUCUGCAGUUCUCUGCUUCGUAGAUGCUGCUGCCACUUGCACCGCUGCCUCCUCCCCUGGAGGACUCAGCAGUACACUUCCUUCCUGUCCCAGCAUGCUCUCUGCUACUUCAGCCCCAGAGCAGGCUUCCAGGCUCCACAGCGGUCCCGCCACAGAGGGGAUGCCAGAGAGAAUGGGUGUGGAGCCUGGAUCAGUGGGGGCUAUCAGUGCGGGAGAUACUGUCGGAGCCACACAGAGCCAGGCGACCCCCUCGAAGCGGCGGACCGUUCUGAGCAUCUCGCCCCCUCCGGAGGACCUGCUGGAUGACAGUCGGAUGUCCUGCCAGGAUGAUGUGCUUCCCAACCAGGACUCGGAGCAGAGCAGCAGCAUGUGGAUGGACGACUCUGUGUCCAACUUUAGCAUGGGCAGCAGCAAUUCAUACAACGACAAUACUGAAGUGCCCAGAAAGUCUCGCAAGAGAACUCCUCGUCAGCGGCCGGGGCCAAAGCCUGCGGCCCGGGAAGAAGCCGGCAUGGAUGUGUUUGAUGCAGACAGUGCUAAAGCGCCGCACUUUGUUCUUUCACAACUGGGUUCAGACGCCAAAGUCACACCCAAAGUGAGCUCCCUUGAAGGGUCAAACAAUCAGAAGGGGGGUAUUCUUUCCAUUCAAUACCCUCAGAAGAGCGACGGGAAGGAGCUGAAGAUUUUGGUUCAGCCGGAGACGCAGCACAGAGCACGAUACCUCACGGAGGGAAGUAGGGGAUCCGUCAAAGACCGUACCCAGCAAGGAUUUCCCACAAUCAAAUUAGAGGGAGUCAGUGAACCAGUGGUGCUCCAAGUGUUUGUGGCUAAUGACGCUGGACGUGUGAAGCCUCAUGGGUUUUAUCAAGCCUGCAGAGUGACGGGGCGCAACACAACGGCCUGUAAGGAAGUGGAUAUCGAGGGGACCACAGUUAUUGAAGUAAACCUUGAGCCGACCAACUCUAUGACCCUAGCCGUGGACUGUGUUGGAAUCUUGAAGCUGAGGAAUGCCGAUGUUGAAGCUCGUAUAGGGGUUGCUGGCUCUAAAAAGAAGAGCACUCGAGCUCGUUUGGCCUUCAGAGUCAACAUCCCAAGACCUGAUGGAUCUGUCCUAAGCCUCCAGGCCCUCUCCUCUCCUAUUUUAUGUACUCAACCAGCUGGAGUGCCUGAAAUCCUUAAGAAGAGUCUUCACAGUGGCUCUGUCGCAGGAGGAGAGGAAGUCUUUAUCAUCGGCAAGAACUUUCUCAAAGGAACCAAAGUUCUUUUUCAGGAAAAUUCUACAGAUGAAAGUGGCUGGCAGGGCGAAGCAGAAAUUGACAUGGAACUUUUUCAUCAGAAUCAUCUAGUGGUGAAGGUUCCCCCAUAUCAUGACCAGACAGUGACCUCCCCAGUAUCCGUUGGGAUUGCCGUAGUGACAAACGCAGGGAGAACUCAUGAUCUACAGCCUUAUACCUACACUCCUCUAACAGAGAAGGUUGAAAUACCAGUGAAAUCAGAACUGCCAGUCACAGUCAAGGCUUGUACCUUUGAAGAGCAGAUAAAAGCAAUGCAAACUGAGACCAGUUGUCUAAACAAUGUGUUAUUGUUACCUAUGGUCAAACGAGAAGAACCUAUGGAAGUUUCCUGUAAUGCAGCACCUUCAGACAUUUUUAAGCCUGUAGAGGCCCUUAGUUCAACCCAACAAAUCUUGGAGAUAAGUACUGUCCUUCCCUCUACCACCAAGUCUUUUCCAAGUCCUGUGGCUCUUCAACCCGUUGACUCACAACAGCCAUCAGCUCAAAUAUUUACAACUCAAGAAACCUUAUCCACCAUACAGAAGCAGGACAUACCUUCACCUGCAUCGUUCCAAGUGUCCUUGUCGGAAGACACAACAGUUCUCCAACCUGUUCCCCCUCAGGUCCCUCAGCAGUUCUUGCGGGAAACCCCAGAGACUUUGUCUCCAGAGGACAAUAGUGCAGAUGGAAGUGGAAUGGUAUUGGUGGGCAUAGACUCUCGGAAUCCUCCAUCCCAGAGGCCACAAGUUCAGGCUCUUUUGCCCCAGGAUGGUGUUGCACAGCUAGAGAGAGCAGUAAGAGAGCUGCAAGCACAACAGCAACUAAAUUCUGUACUUUAUAGCCCGACACCAUCUGCAGAGAGCCUUCAGCAACACGUCCAGGAAAACAUGAACAGUUUAAGGUUGGGUGGAAAUGAGACAACUCUAACAAACCAGCUACAGCAGCGGCAAGAGCAGAAUAUAUUGGAGAAUCUGCAUCAUCAGCAACAGAAGGCACUUGUGGAUCUACAACAUCAACAGACAGUCCUUGAAAAUUUGCAGCAACAUCAGAAGGUCUUGGAAAACCUCCAGCAACAGGCUCUUGGCAACAUUCAGCAGCAGCAAACACACAAUCUACAGCAUCAACAGCAGCAUCACCAGAAAGUCCUGGAAAACAUUCAGCAACAAAGUUCUAUAGUGACUCUGCAGCAUCAAAAAGUUCUCGAUAAUCUGCAACAGCAGCAACAGCAUCAGAAAAAUUUAGAAACUCUUCAGCAUCAGGAAGUAAUAGAGAACCUAAAGCAACAAUUGCAGUCAGAGCUCUUGCAGACACAGAUUCCAAUGCAGUGUACGCCUAGCUUUCCUAGCGAACAGCAAAGCUCCACACAGACUAAUACUCUAUCGCAGCCCUCUGAAGGCUUCCUCCAGAACCCACCCCAGCAGCAGUUGCAGCAACAGACUGCUCUUUUCCAACAGACAGGGGGUCUUAUGACCAUUCAGACAUCAAGUUUUCUGCAGCAGCCAUCCUCUCAACCCUCACCUCCACAGCCACUUUUUCAGAGUCAUAACCCCUUGAAUGAAACGCAAGACUCACAGACAGUACUCUUUGGAACCACAAAGUCACCACAAGUCCAAGCAACCUUAUUUCCUGGUACCAUGACAAUGCUAGCAAGCACCAAUCUGCCCACAGAUCAGCAGGCUCCUUCAGCUAGCUUGUUUAUUGCGCAGAGUGUGUUGCCUAGCCAGUUAUCAUCAGACAAUAACCAGAACCAGCAGCAGCAACAGAUAGCUUUCCUCACACCCAUGCAGACAUCUGGAACAGAAGCUCAGACUGUCUCACUUUUUCAGGGACAAGCACAGUUGUCCACCCCAAUGGAACAACAGCAGUCUCCCCAACAACAACAGAUGGCAACAGCCCAACAGGCCCCUCUUUUUCCAAAUAUUGCCACAAUAUCCCCAAAUCAAGCACAGCCACCAACACAGACAGGCAUAUUGUUCUGUACCACAACCAUUAAUGCCCAUGAUCUGCCCCAGGCUCUGCUAUUCAGUGGCCAGAACCAAGCUUCACUAGCAAGUGACCGUCUCCCUGAGAAUAUCUUUCAGGAGCAGCAACCCAUGCAAGUUGUUCCCAGCUCUGAAAACGUUACUGUGAACAACCCUUCAAACCAACCCACCGCCUCAGCAGCCCAGCCAACUCCGAAUCCACCAAUUAUUUUUCCACAAGCCAGUGUUGCGAGUGUUGCCCAACAAGACUCGGCAGAGCCCAUGUCUUUUCAAGACCAGAGCACCGUUGUGAGUGACUCUGCCAGUUUGCCUUCAACACGGACAGAACUUUUUCAGGACCAGCAACCUAUGCAGGUUGUCCCCAGUGCCACCAGCGUAACCCCUGUCUCUCCUACGGACCAACCUUCUGUCAACAUUUUUUUGCCUCAGUCAGCAAUUUCAGCCCUGCAAGGUGGUGUAAGUGCUCAAGAGUUACCUACAACUGCCACAGCAGCCACCAUCUUUAGUGGACAGAGUGGUGUGGCAGUGGGCGGUCUCCAGAACACCACAUCUUCUGCCCCUCAGCAACCUCCCAGUCAACUCUUUCAGACAGCUAUUGGGGGAACUCUCAGCCAACCUGGACAGCCAGGACAAGCAGGCCUUUUUCUUUUUGAGAUUCCCAGUGAAUGUGGACCGCUAAUGAAUUCUCCUGGUCCGUCGUUAUCAGAUCAGCUUGUCACCAUGGGCCAUCCCGGUUCGGAUCAGACCCAGCUUCAAACUAGUGCACAGAUUCACCCCUUACUGGACCAGUCCAACAACCUUGAUGAUAAGAUUGACGAACUUCUGGAACGUUUUCAGGAGCAGGAAAAGGCGCUUCCUAGGGAUUUCUUGGACCAUUAAAGAUAAGUAGUCUGAAACCUCAAUCCAGUAGACCACCGUCCACACUGCUUGUUGAUGUUUCUUUACAUCUUUGUGUCUUGUGUAGGUAUUAACUAAACUUGGGGUUUGUCUCAGUUGGGGGGUCUUCACUCGUAUCUAUGUUUCUGAAAGCUUGUAAUGUGUUGUUUUGGCGGGACAUGUUACGUAUGGGUCUAGUCACAGCUCCUUUUUCUUGAUGGACAUUAAACGGUCCAUUUCAUUGAGGCCACUGUUUGGCAUGUCAACAUAUCAUGUGACCCAUUAAGCCAUUAAGUAUAUUGGCACUUUGCUACUUUGUAUUGUGUUCUUGACUUCCACUUGAAUCUUUUCCAUUUAUUGCAAUCAAAUCUGUUUUCCAGUAGAAACCAACCUAGUACAACAAAUUCAAAAACUCUCUAUUGCCGUUGAGAUACUAAUACAUUGUGAAUGAAUUUGAAAUAUUUAGCACUUUAGGGAGUUCCUACCGGAGAUUCUCCCUUUUAGCUUUGUAACCCGUAUGUGUCUACCUGGCUGUCAAAGCGUUUCAUGUUUUGAUAGUCACAAUGCUUUUCUAAAAAUGUGUUUGUGUUUCAUUACUCUUUAGUGUCUCUUUUCAGAAUAUAGCCUAUUUUAUGAGCCAUGUUUAAUGUUUUUUUAAGUGUUUGAAUGUUUGACAUGUCCAUCUAAUCUCUCCAUUUUCACAUAACAUUUAAAGUCAAGAUGCUCUAUGUAAAUCACUCCUCCCCUUCUCCUCUGUUUUAGGUUUGUUAUAUUUAAUUUUAUUUAAAUGAUCAAGAGGUCCAACUUGUAGACAUGAAUUCCUAUCAGGGAUGUGAAAAUGUGCAACAUUGCCAUUGAGAUAUGUGAACAGAUUGUAUUAUCAUCCACCAGAGCGUCUACAAUGUGUUUGUUUAUGUGCUCAGCAGAAAGACAUGGAGCACGUUUGUACUAUAUAAGAUGCAGCUAUGUUCUUGAUUUUGAAUUAUAUGUGGUUCAUGGUGAUUAUUCAAAUAAGCACAAGCUUUGGAAGAGGAUUUGUUGUGGUGAUGCAUGCAAGCGAUAGUUCUCCCAAAUAUGAAAAUCAAUAUUUACUCAUCUCUAUGCCGUUCCAAACUGGUAUGACCUUCUUUCAUCUGUGGUGCUCAAAAAACAUCAAUUGAGGGUGUUUUGCUUCAUGAGGAAUACAGGAAUGAGAUUUGGACAUUUUUGGAAACUUGGAAUAAUGUGCACUUGCUUUUUUUUAAUGCGUUUGACAGGCUUAGGUCAUUGAAUGUUUGUGUCAUAAAGGAAAGAGCAGUGAAAACGUUCUUCAGAAUUGUGCCUUUUGUGUUUCACAGAAGAAAGGCGGUCAUACAGAUUCUGAAUGGAAUGACAGGAGUGUUAGAAAAAUAAUGAUAGGAUAUUUAUUGCUGAUGUGAACUGUAGCAACUAUGAGGGUGUUUUUUGGGCAGCUUAAAAUGGAAGUUAGGUCCAUAUUUUCUUGAGGGUUUAAGAAGGGAUCGGUUUGUAUUUACCCCCCAAGUUCUAGUCUACGAUCAGAUAGACUCGAGGCUCGAUUAUUAGAGGAGAAAAUCAGAUAAAAUCCCAAGUUUUAAAACAAGCUAUGAUGACGAGACGGCUUCAUAACAUCACUGCACGACAAUCUCAUCAUACAAGUUUUAAAAAUGAUCUUUUGGAAAAUAUGAAAGAUCUUACCAGUCAGAAAUCAUUAGUCAUGUGUCCUAACUGGAAGAUUUCUCUACAAGUAAUCAUCAGAGUGUAGAAGGGGUAGUGUACGCUGGUAAAUUAACUUGUACAGGGUUUGAUAUUGACAGAAUGCUGCUACAUUUUGUCAUAACUGAUACUAAUUGGUUGUUUACAUCAGCCUUGAUUUUUUUUAAACAUGGUUUGAGCUGUUGAGCUAUUUGUGUUAUAAUGACAUUUCGAAGCGAUUUUUCUCAUUUCUUUCGAAAGUCAUUGUCACAACCUCACUGAGGAGAUCUUUUCGUUGUAGGACAUUGCUCUGAUAUUUUAUUAAAUCACAUUCUUUUGACAUUUUACUUGUUCAUAGACACAUGCAGUCUUUUAAAAAGCUUUUUUUUUAAGACUUAACAUCAGUGUAGUCUAUUCUAAGAAGCAGCUUUUGCAUUGACAAUAUUCUCAUGCAAACAUAAUGUGAGGUAGUUCUAUUUAAAAUCUUCAUAAACAUCUUUGCUUUGAUAAGUCAGUUAUUUUUACAUCAUACUUACCUUUUCUUGCCUUUAUAUUCUUUUUUUUUUUUUUUUUUUUUUUUAAUGCUUUAUGUAAAAAUUGCAUAAUUACUAUUGUAAAUAGUAGAUCGGCUGUUUUAAGUGUGCUGUUCCUUUGUGAGGUAGCAGUUUGUUAAAAACGUGCUCUCUUUGUAGUAAAACAUAAUAUCUCACCUGCAAGUGAGGCAUACAUACAGUAUUUUUGUAAGACUGAAUUUUGAAAUGUACUAUGUACAUUUUAAACAUUUUAAAAGUGAAUUGUCCCUUCUGCAGUACUGUACUUCAUAUGUCAAUAUUCAGAGCGGUGGAAUGAUGGUUUUUGUCCCCAUCACUGUGUUACAAAAUGGAGAUUGUUAUUUGUUUGGUAGAAGUGAAAUUCAAAUAUUGUCGAUUUCUAAACAAUUAAAGGUUUUGGGUGUGGGUGAAUCUCACACGGACUAAUUUUUUUGCCAUAUUUCACCCCAAAAUACAUACAUAAAUUUAAUAAAAGUUACAGAUCUCUGUAGCCUGUUAUAUCUAACAAUAAAUCUUGUUAUUGUAAGAUGAAAAAACAAAUGAUUAAUUUAAAUCCUAAAGUACAUUUUGCACACAUCGGUACUAUGCGUUUUACUGAAUUGAACUGACGCUUGCUAAAAACGAUUGGUUUUCAUGGCUGUUACAGUUUUGUUUUUGUUUUUUUCCUUCUUUUGUUAAAUUAUAGAUAUGAAAAGUUGAUUUUUGAUUUUGGGGUGAAAUAUGACCUGGAUAUUUCUUUGUGAGAUUUAUAGGCUAAUGUUCUGGAACCUGGGUUCCAUGCAAAGCCAUAAAAAAAAUCAAACUCUGGAAUCGGAGCGGAAGAGUGUGUGUGUUUUACCUCAUGGUGUAGGACAUAUAGAUUCACACUACGUCUAACCUAAGGACCAAUUAAGAAGAAAAAAAUAUUUUCUCAAAUCAAGGCAGCAUAAUCAAUGUCUUUUGAUUAAAUAAUCAUUUGUCCAUUCUUGUGUUGUUUGGUACUGAUGCUCCAGCUUACGUCAAAAUCAUACUGUAUGUAUUAUGAACAAAAAUAUAUUUCUGCACAAAUCCAUCAACAUUUUUUUCAACAUAUUGUGCUUUUUGAUUGAAAGUACUUUGUGCCUUUGCAAGCCUUUCCUCUUAUUUCUAAAGGACCUUUGUAUAUAAUUAAAUACGUAGAUGUUGGGAUUACUAGUUCUUAAUCCUGAAGUAAAAGACUACAGUUUUGUUUUUUUUAAUUGACAUUGUUUUGUCUGGUCAACUUGUCAUUAACCAGUCUGUCGGUGUAGUCUCAAAUACAUCUGAACAUUUAUAUCAUGACACUGCUAUGCAGCCUCAACUCACUUUUUCUUUUCUUUUCUUUUUUUUGCUGUAUCUCAAAUGUCGUCAUUCUCAUCCACAGGUGGUUAUUGCCUCUUGAAAUUUGUAAGAUCAAGGUGUAAGGUUAAAGAAGGUUAUUGAUCUGUGAUAACUGAUUUUAUUUCUGUUUGUUUGGUCAGCAGGUGUUGGAAGAAUUUUUGUUAGUAAAUGUUAAAUUAAAAAAAGGUUUGAAGAGCGCUUAACCCAAUCACCAGCAGAGUUAUUUGUGCUUUUAUUUUAAGUGAAAGGUGUAUUUUAAAUGCACUCUUUUUACACAUUUUUAAAUUUUGUUUGCUUUUGUUUGAUGUGAUUAACGUCCAAUGCUUUUGAAGUUAUCACAUGACCGUGGUUCUCAACCCCCUUUAAACUAGUGUCAGUAGAUUAAAAGAAGUAAUUGUGUUUAAUUAUUUCAGAUUUUUCAAGAACUGUAUGUACUAACAAGUUAUGAAUGGGAUAAAUUUAUAAUUGGUCUUAGCUCGGGACACACAGGACCAAAUUUGUACAUUGCGAUUGGGAGUUCAAGUGCUGCGUUUUCACCAGAGUGAAAAAUAGGGAUGUGAAUUGGCACUUUGCAUGUGUCUGUUUUAAUUAUUUACAUUUAUUGUUUAUAACUUGUUUUAAAUAAACCGUUUGCUGUCGCCUCCUAGUGGCCCCUGGUUGAGAACCACUGUUAUAGGGAUAACCUUUCACUCAUGAGUGUGUAAGAAUGACAUUCAGUAUCGUGAAGAAACGUGAACUAAUGACAUUUGACGUAAAUAAACGUAUUUUGCUUUAAUCAGUACAUUUGUAUACUCCUGCAGUUAUAUUUCUGUAAGAUGUGCUGCUAUAUGAAUAAAGAUAGAUAUGAAGUUCU